AUGCCCUCAGCAGAUGCUGCGCCAGGCAUCGCGGCCCCCACAGGCGGCUGGGGCAAGGCGCGCGGCGCGGUGAUGAACCGCGUGGGCGUCAGCAAGGCGUUCAAGACGCUGCGCGAUAUGGCGGGCGCCGAUGGGUACAUCGACCCCGCGACACUGGAGCCCGUCAAACCUCUAGGGGAGGGCGCCUUCGCACGCGUGGAGAGCGCAUGGCACUCGCCCCCUGGCGGCGGGGCGCGCUACAUGGUGGCCGUCAAGCACCUGAAGCCCGAGCUCUACUCGGAUGAGUCAGAGCUCACUCUUUUCGCCUCGGAGGUCGACCUCAUGCGGAAGCUAUCCCACCGAAAUAUCGUCGGCUUCGUCGGCGCGGGCGAGCCCGGAGCCGGCGGCUCCGUCGGCGCGUUCGAGUUCAUGGGCGGCGGCACCCUCAAGCGCCUGGUGUACGACCAGAUGAUGGCGGGGCCGCGGGCAAUCUACACAGACGCAGCCGCCCUGUCGAUGGGGCUGCAGGUGGCGCGCGGGCUGCGCUACCUGCACAACUCCAUGCCCAUGGUGCGGCCAGCGGCCGCGCCCGCGCCUGCGCCCUGCUUGCUGCCGUCGUGCCUGUAUGCGAUGCGGGUGAUCCACCGCGACCUCAAGCUGGAGAACAUACUGCUCAAGGCCGCGAGGCCCAAGGAUGGAAGCUGGGAGGUCAAGAUCGCAGACUUUGGUCUGUCAAAGACAGUGGAGGUCCACCACGCGGCACUGGCGGCGCGCCGCGCCGAGCCGGGCGGCCCGACCGCGACCGCCGUCGCGGCGGCGGCCGCGGGGGCGAGGGACGGUCUGGCGUCGCCCGCCGGCGGCGGCGCGCGCCGCCUGCGAGCUCCGUCCGUGCUGCCGCCCGCCGCGGAGGCGCCGACGUCGUUCGAUUUGACCGGUCAGACCGGGUCCCUGAUGUACAUGGCGCCGGAGGUCUACUUGCAGCAGCCCUACAACGAAAAGGUUGACGUGUUUAGUUUUGGCCUCAUACUGUUCGAGCUGCUGCAGAAGUACGUGAUGCUCUCCGCCGUCUCCAUCAGGGGCACUCGCGAGGAGUUGGAGGCGUACGCGGCGCGCAUCUCCCAGGGCUACCGCCCCCCGAUCCACGCCAGGUGGCCGCCUGCGGUGACGUCACUCAUCGAGGACUGCUGGGCGCAGGACCCCGCCGCGCGCCCCUCGAUGGACAAGGUUGUGGCGCGGCUGGAGGAGAUCCAGGCGUCGGGCGUCCUGGGGCUGGAGGCCGCCCCGGCGGGCUGCGCGUGCACCAUCUGCUGA